CCGCUGGGGGCGGUGGCAAUCGUACCGCCGGCGGGAACGCUCAGCGCAGCUGGUGCGUCUGGGAGCUGGACCUGCCGGGUAGAACCGGAGCCCCAGAGCUUCUUCAGAUACCCCGAGCACCAUGUCGUCCCCAGCGUCGACCCCGAGCCGCCGCGGCAGCCGGCGCGGCCGAGCCACCCCUGCUCAGACGCCGCGAAGUGAGGAUGCCCGGUCGCCUCCCUCGCAGAGACGACGAGGCGAGGAUUCCACCUCCACGGGAGAGCUGCAGCCUAUGCCCACCUCGCCUGGAGCGGACCUACAGAGCCCGGCCCCGCAAGAUGCGUUAUUUUCCAGCCCUCCUCAGAUGCCUUCCUCAGCCAUUCCUCUUGACUUUGAUGUAAGUUCACCCCUGACGUAUGGCACUCCCAGCUCCCGGGUAGAGGGCACCCCGAGGAGCGGUGUCAGGGGCACCCCUGUGAGGCAGAGGCCCGACUUGGGCUCUGCAAGGAAGGGUCUACAGGUGGAUCUGCAGUCUGAUGGGGCAGCCGCAGAAGAUAAUGCAAUGGCAAGUGAGCAGUCUCUAGGCCAAAAACUUGUGAUCUGGGGAACAGAUGUAAACGUGGCAACUUGCAAAGAAAAUUUUCAGAGAUUUCUUCAGCGUUUCAUUGAUCCUCUGGCUAAAGAGGAAGAAAAUGUAGGCAUCGAUAUUACUGAACCUGUGUACAUGCAACGACUUGCAGAGAUUAAUGUCAUUGGAGAACCAUUUUUAAAUGUGAACUGUGAGCACAUAAAGUCAUUUGACAAAAAUUUGUAUAGGCAGCUCAUCUCCUACCCACAGGAAGUUAUCCCAACUUUUGACAUGGCUGUCAACGAGAUCUUCUUUGACCGUUACCCUGAUUCGAUCUUAGAGCAUCAGAUUCAAGUGAGACCAUUCAAUGCAUUAAAGACUAAGAAUAUGAGAAACUUGAAUCCAGAAGAUAUCGACCAACUCAUCACCAUCAACGGCAUGGUCAUCAGGACGUCCCAGCUGAUCCCCGAGAUGCAGGAGGCCUUCUUUCAGUGCCAAGUGUGUGCCCACACAACCCGGGUGGAGAUAGACCGCGGCCGCAUCGCCGAGCCCUGCGUGUGCACGCGCUGCCACACCAACCACAGCAUGGCGCUGAUCCACAACCGCUCCCUUUUCUCCGACAAGCAGAUGAUCAAACUUCAGGAGUCUCCUGAAGACAUGCCUGCUGGACAGACGCCUCACACUGUCAUCCUGUUUGCUCACAAUGAUCUUGUGGACAAGGUUCAGCCUGGGGACAGAGUGAACGUCACAGGGAUCUACCGAGCAGUGCCUAUCCGAGUCAACCCACGGGUGAGCAACGUGAAGUCUGUCUACAAAACCCACAUUGAUGUCAUCCAUUAUCGGAAAACGGAUGCAAAACGUCUGCAUGGCCUCGAUGAGGAAGCAGAACAGAAACUUUUUUCAGAGAAACGUGUGGAGUUGCUUAAGGAACUUUCCAGGAAACCAGACAUUUACGAGAGACUUGCUUCAGCCCUGGCUCCAAGCAUUUAUGAACACGAAGAUAUAAAGAAGGGCAUCUUGCUUCAGCUCUUCGGUGGGACAAGAAAGGAUUUUAGUCAUACGGGAAGGGGCAAAUUCCGUGCCGAGAUCAACAUCCUGCUGUGCGGUGACCCCGGCACCAGCAAGUCCCAGCUGCUGCAGUACGUGUAUAACCUGGUCCCCCGGGGCCAGUACACAUCUGGGAAGGGCUCCAGCGCAGUUGGCCUCACAGCGUAUGUGAUGAAAGACCCCGAGACGAGGCAGCUGGUCCUACAGACAGGUGCCCUCGUCCUGAGCGACAACGGCAUCUGCUGUAUCGAUGAGUUCGACAAGAUGAAUGAAAGUACAAGAUCUGUGUUACAUGAAGUCAUGGAGCAGCAGACACUGUCCAUUGCAAAGGCUGGGAUCAUCUGUCAGCUCAACGCGCGCACCUCCAUCCUGGCAGCAGCAAAUCCCAUCGAGUCUCAAUGGAACCCCAAGAAAACCACCAUUGAAAACAUCCAGUUGCCUCACACGUUGUUGUCAAGGUUUGAUCUGAUCUUCCUCAUGCUAGACCCUCAGGAUGAGGCCUACGACAGGCGUCUGGCUCACCACUUAGUCUCGCUGUACUACCAGAGCGAGGAGCAGGCGGAGGAGGAGUUCCUAGACAUGGCAGUGCUGAAGGACUACAUCGCUUAUGCUCAUAGCACUGUCAUGCCCCGGCUCAGCGAGGAGGCCAGCCAGGCUCUCAUUGAGGCUUAUGUAGACAUGAGGAAGAUUGGCAGCAGCCGAGGAAUGGUGUCUGCGUACCCUCGGCAGCUAGAAUCGUUAAUUCGCCUAGCAGAAGCUCAUGCUAAAGUUCGGUUUUCAAACAGAGUGGAAGCGAUUGAUGUGGAAGAGGCCAAGCGCCUACACCGUGAGGCUCUGAAGCAGUCCGCCACCGACCCCCGGACCGGCAUUGUGGACAUAUCCAUUCUCACCACAGGAAUGAGUGCCACCUCUCGUAAACGGAAAGAAGAAUUAGCAGAGGCAUUGAAAAAACUCAUUUUAUCUAAGGGCAAAACACCAGCUCUAAAAUACCAGCAACUUUUUGAAGAUAUUCGGGGACAGUCUGACAUAGCGAUUACCAAAGAUAUGUUUGAAGAAGCCCUGCGAGCCCUGGCUGACGACGACUUCUUGACAGUGACUGGGAAAACCGUCCGCCUCCUCUAAUAAGGCCGCUGUGUGUCGCAAGCAGUGCACAGGCAGCCGGGCCAGGCCGCUUCGGCUGUUGCCAUCUGUCUCAGUGGAUUCUGAAAGGCAGCAUUUGGCUACAUAAAAGCUUCCUAACCCAGGUUCAGUUUCCUUCGUGAUGUGUAUGCUUUUUGUGUUUUUAACGAAGUAUAAAUACCGUGCUAGUUCACAAACGUAGACUAGUGCACAGGGAUUGUCCCGAAGUGCCUGUUGUUAGCAGUGGGCCUUUUAUGCAUACGUAGAGAUGCAUGUGCAGACAGAAGCCACCAUCCAAGCUGGUAGCAAGGCCAGGUUUCUGUGCUGGACUUUGUAAUGGCAUUCACCCACAUGCUGUAGGGUUUUGUAAUACAAAGUAGCAGAAGUAGCCAGGGUACAUCAUUCUGUGUGUGAAGGAACAGAGGGCUAGAACCCCUUUCUCUCCCAUGCAUGGCAUUGGAGUAGAAUUCUUUUUAGAGGUCUUUUUCCUUGUAGCUACGAUUAGGUCAGGAAUGAGUGGCUGGAAAUGAUUGUCUUCUGGGCUAACUUACGCCACUUUAUCCUAAUUUGUAAAGCUUUUUCCUAAAUAAAUGACAGAAAGAAUAACACUUGGUUAUC